GCAUGUUCGUUUUGGUUGGUCACACUUGAAGUUUGGAUCUUUUACUGUGGAAAGUAAUUUACUUUUUACGGUUAUUAGAGAAACUUUGUUUGGUAGAAGUGUUGAACUAAACACAUUCUCUUUGGCUUGUGGGAUCAUUUAAUUUUCAAUCAGAUAGCUAACAUAUUGUUGUACAGUGAAUGUUUAUUCUGGUUUGAAUGUUGUUUAUACCAUUUGUAAGCAGUUUAGUCUACACUCUACAUGUUGUUGCUUGAUUCUGUGGAGAGUAUGUUCAAAUGUGCAUCAAAGUUUUGUUAUAGAUGCUGAGCUGGUAAGGGGAUUAUUAUUUUUGUAGAUAAUGAGUCUUGUUUGAAUGAACAUUUUUCUUGGUUUGGCAGCUCGUCUGCUGAUAGCGAUAGCGACUCUUUCCAGGGCGGGCUUAAGGGGAAAAGAAAGCGGAAAACGAGAGAAAAGAUGGAUCAUUUCGUGGAGAAGCUGGUGGGAAGUAUGAUGAAGCGGCAAGAGAAGAUGCAUAACCAACUGAUUAACGUGAUGGAGAAGAUGGAGCACGAGAGAACACUUAGUGAGGAAGCUUGGAGGCAGCAAGAAAUAGAGAGGAUGAAACAGAACGAAGAGGCACAGAUGCGAGAGAUGUCACACAGCUCGUCUAUCAUCCCUUUCAUCAAAAGCGUUAUCGGUGAAGAAGAAGAUAUCGAGAUGCCAAACCUCACUAUUCCCCUUCCCAAACAAUCGGCUCAUCAGAGACAAAGAGAUGUGAAGUUUGUGUUUCCAAGCGGAAGAAGGUGGCCGCAUGAGGAAGUGCAAGCGUUGAUAGAUAGCAGAAGCCAAGUGGAAGAGAAGACAGGGUUCCACAGGGUUGCGAUAUGGGAUGACGUAUCAGCUAAAAUGAAGGAGAGAGGUAUGAUAGAUCUGCUAAAAAGUGUAAGGAGAAGUGGGAGAACAUGAACAAGUACUACAAGAGAGUUGUUGAAGGUAAGAAGACGCAACCUGAGCACAGAAAGACUCGCUCUUACUUUGAGAAACUAGGGAAGCUUUACAAGACCAACUCAGUAGUAGAGAAGGAAGAGUGAGGGGGGGGGGGGGGGUUCGAGUGUAAGAUUAAGAUUUACGUUUUUUUUUGUCAGGGUUUAAAUUUGAUUUUUGGUGUAGUUAAAUAAACCUACGACUUUGUAUUUGUAUGAUGUUGAGUUUUAGAAGGUUCGAAAUAAAGACAAAAAACGUUGUUGGUGAUUGGGAUCUUGUAACGGCUACGGGAGACGAGAAGAGGAUCCUCGGUUACAUCGACUUAGGCUGAAAUGUUGUGGAGGCUGUGAGGUUCUGCAAUUACAAACACUGACACUUGCCAAGUUCUUAGUAUUCUUUUCUCUUUAUCAUCUUCUUCUUUGCUUCAAAUGCUUCUAUAUUUGGAGCAUUGUUUUUUUUUUAAUACAUGCCACAAACCCCAAAGUCUUGACUUUGAAGAAGGAUAUGGAACGUGGAGGCUUCCAUGGCUACCGCAAGUUCUCCCUCAACACCACCAAUCCUUCUGAACCAGCGAAGUUUUUGAUGGCGGAGGGGAGCAUGCAGCUAUCAGAGCCCAACCAGACUAACAAAACCGCUAAUGGAGGUGAAGAGGAGUGCACGGUGAGGGAGCAAGACAGGUUCAUGCCUAUUGCCAACGUGAUACGGAUCAUGCGGAGGAUCUUACCUGCUCACGCCAAGAUCUCUGACGACUCCAAGGAGACGAUCCAAGAGUGUGUCUCGGAGUACAUCAGCUUCAUAACAGGAGAGGCCAAUGAGCGAUGCCAGAGGGAGCAGCGCAAGACCAUCACUGCCGAGGAUGUCUUGUGGGCCAUGAGCAAGCUAGGUUUUGAUGAUUACAUAGAACCCCUCACGUUGUACCUCCACCGCUACAGAGAGUUGGAGGGUGACAGAGGAGUUGGGUACAAUACUGGUUCCGUUGGUAUGACCAGUGGCAUGGUGGUCAAGAGGCCUAAUGGUGCCAUGGCCGAGUAUGGAGCCUACGGUGUUGUGCCAGGGAUGCACAUGGCGCCGUACCAUUAUCGUCAUCAGAAUGGGUAUGGUUACAGUGGUAAUGAACCUGAUUCCAAAAUGGGUGGUCCAUCAUCAGCAGCUAAUGGUUCCAGAGUUGAACUGUUUCCAACUCAGCAACAUAAGUACUGAGAACAAUGGCUAAUGAAAGUUGACAGCUGUUUUGGUAUCUAACCCCUUAAAUGGAUCAGUUUAUGUAUUCAAGUUUAAGCAAAAAAACAAUGAUGCUUUCUCUCUGUUUUUA